AUGUCAGGAACAGCACCAAAUGAUCCCGCUCCUGGCGGCCACUCUAGUGCCGUUGAGCAAACCCCGUUAGACUCAAACCAACAUGGACAAGCACAGAACAUUAUCGAUGAAACGAAAGAGACCAGCGGGCGCGUCGUUGAUGCCAACAUAGGAGAGAGUAUCGAUGCGGUGAAUAGUAUGCGAGGUACUUCAGAUAGUCUUGAUGAUAUCCUCAAGCAGUCUGAUACAGCAAGAGGAAGUCUCGGAGCGCAAAAGAAGACUACAGCGUCGGAUGAAAAGGGAUUUAAAGUUGGUCAAGAGGCAGAUCUCCACGAUUUGGCACAGAGUAAACAGCCAUAA